CGAGCGCUGCCGUCGGAAGUUGCCAGGAGAUGCCACCGAAGCCCCAGUUCCCCAGUUGGACCUUGUUCCUGGCUGUCUGUGCUGUUGGAAUCGGAGGGACCUUUCAGUAUGGAUAUAAUGUUUCCAUUAUCAAUGCACCCACCCAGCACAUACACAAGUUCUUAAAUGAAACCUGGGCCAGGCGGUACCACGAGGCACUCAACCCUGAUCUGCUGACUUUUCUUUGGUCUGUCAUUGCUUCCAUAUUCUCACUUGGAGGCCUGUGUGGAGCCCUGAUGGGAGGCAGCAUGGCCAUCUGGCUGGGCAGGAAAGGAGCUCUUCUGAUGAAUAACCUCAUAGCAAUACUGGCCUCCAUUUUAAUGGGCAUCAGUUUUCCUACAGGAUUGUUUGAGUUGCUGAUUGCUGGAAGGUUUUUGAUUGGCAUAAAUUCAGGUAUUGGGAUCUGUGUGCAGCCUCUGUAUAUUGGAGAGGUUGCCCCAAAACAUCUUAGAGGCGGCAUGGCCAUGGGGACUUCCAUCUUUCUGACUGGGGGGAUUCUGACAGGACAAAUAAUUGGCUUGAGGGAAUUACUGGGUGGAGAAACACAUUGGCCCCUGUUGCUAUCCAGCAGCUGUAUACCAGCACUUGCCCAACUGUUAUUCCUGCCAUGGUUUCCUGAAAGCCCCAGAUACCUCCUUAUAGACAGAGGUGAUGAGCUGAGCUGUGCCAAAGCACUGAAGCGGUUUCACGGCUCUUCAGAGUACCGGCGGGAGAUGGAGGAUAUCCAGCGGGAAUGUUGUGCCUUGGACGGGGAGAAGCCCAAGAAGCCCUGGCAGCUGUUCCAUGACCGUGGUGUGAGGUGGCAGCUGGUCACUGUGAUUGUGACCACCAUGGGCCAGCAGCUCAGUGGCAUCAAUGCGAUUUAUUUCUAUGCAACUUACAUUUUUGAACAAGCUGGGAUCUCAUCAGAGCAAAUCCCCUACGUGACGCUUGGUACUGGAGCUUGUGAGUGCCUCACAGCCCUCACCUGUGGCUUACUGAUAGACUACGUGGGAAGGAGAUACCUCAUCAUUGGGGGUUAUCUCCUCAUGACCCUUUGGAGCAUCAUUCUAACCUUCUCCCUGACCUACCAGGAGCUAUACCCGUGGGUGCCUUACAUGAGCAUGGCAGCUCUGUUUGCUUUCAUCCUGAGCUUUGGGCUGGGGCCAGGGGGCAUAACCAACACCCUGACAGCUGAGCUCUUCAUACAGUCCUCACGUCCUGCUGCCUACAUGAUAGCAGGGGCUGUUAGCUGGGUUAGUUUCUUCACAAUUGGGAUGCUCUUUCCUUUUAUCGUGAAGGGACUGAAGCAGUAUUGUUUUCUGGUGUUCUUGUUGGAGUGCUCCUCAGUUGCUGCUUUCAUCUUCCUUGUGAUUCCUGAGACAAAAAACAAAUCUUUUCUGGAAAUCAAAAAGGAGUUUCACAAGCUCAACUUUGGAAGAAACAGCAGGAAAAAGGAAACAGAACUGAAUGAAAGAAGACAACUUCGUGAGGAGUUUAAACAUUCUCUGUAAUUUCACUGCUGUAACAGAAUCUUAAUGAGACUUAGUAACAGCCUCUUCUAAACUAGCAGUGUACAGCACAAACAAGUAGCUGCUUAAACCCUGCUGUGUGUUUAGGGGGAGUUUAAUCAAGACAAGCUGAUCUUUCUGGAGCGCUGCUAAACACCUAUUGCUGCGAUGCUAUUAACCACCUGUGCUGUGUCACGCAAGGCUUUGUUAGUUACAGCUCAGUGUGGUAGGGACACAGAGAUGCCAGGGAGGGUGUGCAAUGAUUUCUCCCCCUGCAAGAUUACUUCAGCUAAUCAAUCCAAUAACUCUUGUUUCUAAGCACCUUUUUCAGAGGGGGUGACAAAGCAAUGUUAAUGUUUUACUGAGGAAAGUAUUCUGAGGCCUUAAAGCCCAAACAAGAAUGGACCUGCUGAGAAACCAGCACUGGAAAUAUUCUGGUUUAGGUGUUUAGUUGCCAUGUCUCAGUUCUCUGAGAGGUUAAGGAUAUUACUCAUCUAGUCCUAGUGCUGUAACUGUACAAAGGCAGUACAGCACCCACCUGAGUCACUGUUACUUGUCAUCGAUUAGAAGCCUCAUUUCCUAGUGCUAAUGAACACCUCUGGGGAGUGAGUUUGGGGUUAUUUGUUUCCGUAACCUCACCUCUUAACACUUUAACUGUGCAAAUCUCUUCUGGGUUUGAAGAUCAGUACCUGGCAGACUGAGAUCAGUGUCACAAAACCCAGUAAGUAGCAGAGACAACACAACAGGAACUAAACACUUUCCACCUUGGGAAGUUUUUCAGGAGGGUCUGACAGGACACACACAGGGAGGACAGAGAGCCUGAACAAGCUUUCUGCUUCAUCUCCCACAUUUUGUCCUGGCCUCUUUCUUAACUUCAAAUAAAUUCUUCCUACUCUACCAGUCAAGAAGUAGGAAAUGUUAAUUAUCUGUGGUACUUGUGUGCCUCUCCAGUGCUCACUGCCAUGCCUGUCACUGCUAGGACUGCAGUCCUGCCUUACCUAUUCCAUCUUCUCCCAGCUGUAAGCACCUCCCAUCUGCUACUGAAGUGCUACAGCAAGCACUGAAUCUUAUGUUUCUUUUCCUUCUCUCAGAGUUAAAGCUUUUAA